CGUUGAAGUGCUCCAUACUUGCCUACUCAAUAUUUUGUCUUUGUGGUUAUAUCCAAACUACGUGUUCCAGUCCUUACAGCUCCUUCUGGUUCCAUCCAAUAACAUCUCAACACACAACAAUCCCAGCACCUCCCACAGUAAUCCAGAAACAUCUGGCCAAUUUAAUUCCGGGCAACUCCAGAAUUCUCACUGUUGAUUAAUCAAACAGUUAAAAGCUUUCUGAUUCAGCUAUAUCUGUGGGGAAAAUAGAAGCAACAGUAAUUACAAAAUGUUGGCUCAAUGCAAAAUUAUUAGUGUAUCAGGUUAUAUAUAUUUUAGCUCUAAAAUGGCUCAGGACACAUCUUCUAGUGCUGAUUCACCUCGGAGACGUUCUGGUCUCUUGCGAGAUCAGGUUCAAUUGGUUAAGAAAAAGGACUCUGAUCGCUAUGAGAUUGUUCCAAUAGAAGAGCAACUGUCAUUUGAGAAAGGUUUUUUCAUAGUCAUUCGUGCAUGUCAGUUGUUGGCUCAAAAGAAUGAUGGAAUAAUUUUAGUCGGAUUAGCUGGUCCCUCGGGAGCUGGAAAGACUGUUUUUACUGAGAAGGUGCUCAACUUUAUGCCCAGCAUUGCUGUCAUAACAAUGGACAAUUACAAUGAUUCCAGUCGUAUCAUUGAUGGCAACUUUGAUGACCCACGCUUGACAGACUAUGACACACUGCUUGAAAACAUACAUGGCUUAAAAGCAGGGAAAGCCAUUCAAGUCCCAAUAUAUGACUUCAAGUCUAGUUCCCGCACAGGUUACAGGACAGUUGAAGCCCCUAGCUCCCGCAUUGUGAUUAUUGAAGGCAUCUAUGCUUUAAGUGAAAAACUGCGGCCUUUCCUAGAUCUUCGCGUAUCUGUCACAGGUGGAGUUCAUUUUGACCUUGUUAAGCGAGUUUUACGUGACAUUCAACGUGUUGGCCAAGAGCCUGAAGAAAUAAUCCACCAGAUCUCUGAAACAGUAUAUCCGAUGUACAAGGCUUUUAUUGAGCCAGAUUUACGAACAGCUCACAUUAAAAUUAUCAACAAGUUUAAUCCCUUCACAGGAUUUCAGAAUCCCACUUAUAUCUUAAAGUCAACAAAGCAAGUGACCGUGGAUGAAAUCAAGGCCGUUAUAUCUGAAGAACACACAGAAACUACAGAGGAAACUUAUGACAUAUAUCUUCUGCCUCCUGGUGAAGAUCCUGAAGCGUGUCAAUCAUAUCUGAGGAUGAGGAACAGGGAUGGGAAAUACAAUCUCAUGUUCGAGGAAUGGGUUACAGAUAGUCCAUUCAUAAUAUCACCUAGAAUAACUUUCGAAGUUAGUGUGCGUCUUCUUGGAGGACUGAUGGCUUUGGGAUAUACAAUUGCGACUAUACUGAAAAGAAGCAGCCAUAUCUUCUCAGAUGGUAGGGUCUGUGUGAAAACUGAUUGGUUAGAACAACUUAAUCGCAAGUAUACUCAGGUGCAAGGAAAAGAUCGUCUUUAUGUUAAAUCCAUCGCAGAGCAGCUGGGGUUGGAAGGUUCAUAUGUUCCUCGCACUUAUAUAGAACAAAUUCAGCUGGAAAAACUUGUGAAUGAUGUUAUGGCAUUGCCAGACGAUUUAAAAACAAAGCUCAGCAUAGAUGAUGAAAUGGUUUCAAGCCCUAAAGAAGCCCUUUCCCGGGCCUCUGCAGACCGGAGAAUUAAGUAUCUCAGCCGUGGUAUAUCACCUUCAUUUUCAAGUCAACCAGACAAGAAUAUAUCUAAGCUAGAUAGUGUUGCUGUCAAUAAUAGAAGGUUUGAUGGAAGGACACUAGAAUCACCAGCCUCAGUUGCAAACCAGGGAGUCAUUAAUCAACUCUCUGAGCAAAUUUCUACACUGAAUGAGAGGAUGGAUGAGUUCAAAUCUCGUGUUGAAGAGCUAAAUUCCAAGUUCUCAAUCAGAAAAGCUUCAGCUAGCCAACAAAACUUAGCUCUGCCGGCUGAAACCUGCAAUGGCUCUGGAUCCACUUCUCUCUUCAUGACUGGCUUGGCAAAUGGUUCAUUAACUGGUUCUCUGCUUCCCAAUUCAUCAUCUUCUUCCCAACUGGCUAGGGACACCGCACUCAUGGAUGAGGUGGCUGUUCUCUUACUACUCCAUGUCUCAAAAGAAUAGCGUAAAAGAACUAUCAUACAUCACAUAAUUUUUAUGGAGCAAAGACUGGAUAUAAUAUACCUUCAUGAUUCUUCAAUUUUUCUUCAUCCGACAGAAGUCAGGUAAUGCUACUGGUAUAAUAUACCUUCAUGAUUCUUCAAUUUUUGUUUACAGUUUGUUUCUUAUCAGGUUUUAUUCUUCUGAUCACAGAUCCUCCCAUUAUGGUCACUUUGUAUGAGAUAAAUGUCCAACCUAUAUGAACACUUCUUUUUUCAGUAUUGUUUCUCUUGGACAAUUUGUUGAAUCAAUAAAACUCAACUUGUUGAUUUAGAGAUGUGGGACUUCACCAUUGAUACCAUGUUCCCUGAACAGGUUCUGCUAAUAGCUCGCUCACAACGUCAAAUUUCGCUUCAAUUAGACAGUAUAAGCAAAAAUCUUCAUGAAUAUAUGGUAGAAAGGUCUCGACAAGACAGAGCAGAUCAGGCAAGCUGGACAAUCGAUGUUGACUCAAUCUGCGUCCCUCUGAUUGUAACUUUUGCGAUUGGUGGUAUCUGUAUCUUCCUUCUUAAGGGUCUCACGUUUCAGAAAUGAUCAGUAUGCUAAUGUUCAGACUGCAAUAAUUAUGUAGUUUUGCUUAUGUCUGUCGUGAUAUUAUACUUUACAGAGUGAGAGAUUGCCCAAAGAGCACUUAGCUUUCUGGGUUUUUUAAUCUUCAAUGUAUUUGAACUCGAUAAGAACCAAAUAUGCUUGUAAAAUCAUACCCUGCGAUUCUGCAAAGAGUAAUAAGCAAUUGCAAAUCCUUUUCUUAGUA